ACUUUGAUUCUAAUAUUUCUAUUCCAUCACUUCCUCCUGCCUUUUAUAUCGCAUAUUAGAGCUAAUUGUAAAAUCAUGAGAGGUGAACACAGUUCUUUUAUGUUCUAAAGAUUGUCUCCUACUAGCAAUUUUUUAAUUUUCCGAGGGACUAAUUCUGGAGACUCUCAGCUUUCAUCGUUUGUACUGUCGCACGUUGAAAUCGGUUCACUAGAAGCCAAGUUAUCCUGAUGGCAUAUUUAGCUUAACGAAAGGUCAAAAUCUGCCCAAUCAAGAGCAGUUAGCGCCACUUCCUUAAAUCUGUUCUCCUGCGCGGCAACUGGGCAGGUUAACAGGUAUCUAGAAUGACAGAAGAGGUCGACUGACUGGGACAGACAAAGAGGACUUCAUCGUGUGGGGAAGACAGACACAUCCUUCUCCAAAAAAUUUGGCCGCAGGAAAAAGCGGAUAUCUCGUUUUUUAAUGAACGGAUUUUGACAAACCGUCGCUGAAAUUAAAGACGAGAGUCCAGAGGGACCUUCUAAGUACACAAGAAAUUAAAAAAUAUGUUUUUUAUAGGAGAAAAUCAUAAAAAUGUAAAAGAACUCCUUAUAACUUUGAAACCAGAACAGGUAUCACAAUGGAACGUAAAGAAGACUAAUCUCUGAACGCUCAGCUUAACUUUAAGCGUAUUUUAAAAUCGGUUCACUAAAAGCUGAGAUAUUUUAACUUCUUUCCGUAGAUUUACUUGUGUUAGUACUAACGUCUCACCGCUAUGUGGUGAGCAGAACAUAAAAUGGCAACUGUACCAGUAAAAAGAUAUUAGGCGUUGAUUUCUUUAGUUGUAUUUUUCGUUUCUCUCAUUACCCGUUACUGCCUUAGUGUUCAGUUUAUUAAAUAUCGCAUCUCAGUACAAUAAUUCAUUAAAAACCAAUAGUACAAACGAUCAUUGUGACGUGAUAGUACAAAUAUAUAAAUCUAAAUAGUAUAGCUAACCCUCUGCUAUAUCGUUUGCCACUGCCGUGUUUAUUAAGAUCGAAUUACGUGAAACAGUAUUAAAAUGAUAGAAAAUAGUUACCCGCGGGGAAGUGAUUUACGAGAUACAAGCGAUAAGAACGUUCUCUGUUGCGUCACAGGCGAUUCAUUGAAUGUGUCAACAUCGAUAAUAUUAGUCAUAUGAUUAUAAGCUUCUCAGUUGAAAUAACAGUAAAAGAUAUCAUUAUACUUCGCCAAUAAUAUGGUGAUGGCAGGGAACGAAAAUACUGGAUCUUUAGCAGAAGAUUCACUGUCAACCAGAUUGCAAUGGCUUCGACAACGUCGAGAAGCAUUGCAAGAAAAGUUGGCACAGAAGAACAAUGAGCUUAAAAAUCUGUGUGUGGAAGAAGCAGAAUUGACUGGUGUCUUGCCACCAGAAAUACCAUUGGAGCCUGGAGAAAGCCCACCAGUGUUCCGUAAAAGAGUUGGAACAGCAUUCACCUAUCCACAGAAUUUAAUUAACAAAUUGAAAUCGAACGAAGUUGAGGAAUCUGCCUUGGAAUUAGAGAGACAGGUUCAAAUGGGUAUAAUAGAAACUGCUUUGGCUAUCGUGAACGAUCCCACAGAGAGCAAAGCGGUUCGCCGUAAGCAUAGAUUGAUUUACCAGCAGAGUCAACACAGACUUCAGGAACUGGAAGCGCGUUUAAAUUUCCUAAGACAGGGUCGUAAUAAAACGCAUCAUUCUACGCAAGUACAACAUCCUCUGAAUUGUAACACGCAGCCGCAUCUACACGCGAAUGUAAAGCACAGAACGAAGAAACCUCGACCACCGUUAGAUGGUACAGUGAACGAUGUAAAUAAAACUUCGAGAGGGUUGCUUCAAGAGACUGGCAUAAGCUUAAGUCCGUUAGGAUCAGAGGAGAAGUGUAACAUUUAUCCUAGCCACGGAUAUGAUGAGCAAUCGCUGGUGUCAAAUCACAAUCAUAUCGGUGCUUACUGUCCUACGAUCUCCGAUCAACGGCAAAGUAUUAAAAUAAUAGAACACGAUCAUAACGACAAUCAAAACGUUUACAUACUCCCGGAUCAACAUCGCGCGCGAACAUAUUCGCACGGCAGCGGUGGUUCACGUACGCAAAAUCAUUAUCAAGAUAACGAGCGAGUCUAUCGUCCCUUGCCAAACACGUACAAUGAAGACGAAAGGCAACAACGCUAUCGUCAAUUUCAGCAACAGCACGAACCAAGUCAUAAUCAUCAGUAUCCCGACUACAAACACUUAGACAACGACGUCCAGCGAAGGCCUGCACAAGAAUAUUACGAAAGAGAUUUUCGCGCGUCGCAUUACUCACACAUGCCCGAGUUUUCAGUCUAUCACAAGACUAAUUCUCAAACACAGUCUCUAUUGAGACGAGAUCGUGAUUCCGGUGGGAAUAAGAAUUUACGAUACACAGAUUCACCGAGUGAAUCGCAAUUACCGUCGGGAUACUGGAUGCGGUACGAGGACGAGAUCGUUUGGUGCACCGACGAUCAGCUCGCAUCGGAUAGAUUCGGGAGUUUGGAUCGAAGGAAACGUAAUGCUCUUCAGCAUACUAACAGUAUCGGUGCCGAAGUACAACCCCGUUAUCGUACAGGUGGUAAUAAAAGUUCUUACGCCCCAUCUUAUCAAAACGCUUCCGUUCAUUUGCUUCCUUUAACCGAACAACCAUCGUGCAACAACAAAAUGUUGCUGCGCACGCAGUCCUUAGGUAGCGUAGAAAAGUGGCAUUCGAAUCAUUUACAUGACGGAAAAGAUACAAUCGAUAACGGAGGACGAAAGGGGAGAGAGAAGGAAUGGUACGAAACCUCUUUAGAUUCUGCUACGAGCCCAGGACCAGAAGUUAGUCUAAUACCGUCGCACAAAGCUAAUAUUCAUUAUCAGAGUAAUUUAUCUGCUUCUUCGAAAACGCCUAUCACUUGUAAUGGUGAAGACGGGAAGAGUAACAAUUAUAUUCUUCCCAUAAACCAUCGUAAACCAGACGUGAUAACAAGUAAAAACGAUCAACAUUUGCAACCAUUGACGAAUCGUUAUGAACCGACGCGGAAAAAGGUGCUCGAGAUUCCAGCAGAGUCGAAGUCGUCUCAAGGAACGAACGAAGAAACGAUAAUGCUGGGUUCCUCCCAGAAUUGCACGAUCGUGCAAGCUGGGAAGUAUCAACCGUAUAGAGAAGUUACAAAACCUUUCGAGAUGUCCGAUUUCUAUAAAUACUCUACAAAGUUUCGUAAAAGGAACGAAACUAAUGGACAGAACGGAGCAAGUGAAAUUUCUGAUGAUUCCCGAGGGACGCAGAGCGUGGGAAUGAAUGAGCUUAGGGAGUCUGAAUCUCCGGAUGCUGUACAUAAUGGACCAAUGGCUAGUUCAGUCCAAAAAAGAAUCUAUCAGCCAGUUCAACGUAUGACGUGUCAACCUUAUCUCACGUCAAUGAGGUAAUUUUUAAUUCUGCAUAAAUUAGGAUAAAUUCGACAGGCUGGCCAUGAUAGGCUGGACCUGCCUAGAUAAAUAUUUAUAACGGGUCAAUAUGACGCUUAUUGUCUAUAAAAUUUGAGGCUUCAUCAAAAUUUAACUUCGUCCAUAUUGCCUAUAUUGAAAUUAAUAUAAAGACUUGAGAAGUGCCUUAGAGUUGAACAUUUUUUAUUGAAGAAUUUUUCGGAUUUAUUCAUUGAAUUUUUUGAUUCGUAAAAUACGAAUAAAAUCUUUUUAUAAUUGACUUUACAUUAUGUAAGGUAAAGAUUUAGAAAUACUUUUAAAGUAGUAUAAAAGAUGAAUAGGACUGAUCGAAGAGUAAGCAGACUAAACAUUAAAAGUUAAAUAUAAAAUAUGAUUUCUCAAUGUAUAUUUGAAUACAUCAUACAUUCAUAAUUUUGUAACAAACUUUGCACAAUGCAAUCCAUGACGCCUUCGGCUUUAAAAGCCAAAGGUCGAAAUGGAUUCGAUUUAUUUAAAUAUGUUAUAAAUAUAACAGACUUGUAUUUAGUUUCACAAUAACAAUUUACUUAGUACUGUUAUUGCGAAUUUCGAAUUAAGUUAUUAACCACAGUAAUAAUCUGUAGUUCUAUUAUAAUUUUGAUUACUCUUUAAAUAGAUUAAUCUGUUAUGUGCGAUUUAUAAAUUUGUUAAGAGUAAAUAAAUAAUAAAUUACAGUACUGUGAGAAA